UCUCUCUGGACUCUGGCUCAGAGCGCCGGGCGGAAAUUCUUCUGUUCUUUUCUGUAAAAUCUUUUUUUACGCCAUUAAAGCAGAACGAAGCGGAAGAGUAUUAAUAACGCCAAUACAUUAUCAGCGUCCUUCGUGUUUCUGUUUCGAAAACUCAACAGAGCUCAGGCUGAGAUUAUCUUUAAGCUCAGUUAAUUAUAGCUUAAUUCGCACUAAUUAUCUCUUUGUCCACAUUCAAAUGGCCAGUGAUGGAAGCAACAAACGCUCUCAACUCUCUUCAAUUUUACCACCUCGCAGAAUCAAUGUGAAGAUAUUCGCUGAAUCCCGGGCUCCCGAGCUCGAGUCUCUUCACUCGACGAUAUCGAAUCGACUGAACAACGAUUUCCGGUCUCGAAGAAACAAGAGAAGGAGAACUACCGCUCACGACAACAAAUCCGCGAAGAUUAGGCACUGGAAAAGACGGAGGGUGGAAGUUUCAGGUGAUAGAACCAAUACAGAGAAGGAUCAGAAGAAGCUUCCUCGUCGCAUCAGGAGGAGAAUCGAGCUGAGGAAGAAUCGUGAAAGCGGAUUUUGUACUUCGGGUGAUGGGACCAAGAGGCUGAGGACGCACGUUUGGCACGCGAAGCGGUUUACAAUGACCAAGCUCUGGGGAUUUCAUCUUCCUCUAGGUUUGCAUGGCAGAGGAAAGGGAUCCAGGGCUGUGUUGAGGUGGUUGAAGAAUGGAGUGCUUGUUCAUGAUGCAAGUUAUUAUAUUGCUGUGCAAUUAGAGGGUCCAGAGGAUUCAAUAAUGUCGAUACUGGGAAUGGUGCUUGUGCCUUCUCCAAUGUCUCAAUCUGAAGAUAUUUCUCGAUCUAUUCUCUCUGGUGUGACUUACGGAAGUGCUAUGCUUCAUCAUGUUGGAUCAACUCUUUCUCAGGCAAUUGUUCCUGUAACUUACAUGUGGCGGCCUUCUCAGAUACCGAGCAGGGCUGAUGAUGGUGAAGGCCAUGAUGGUCUUGGGCCUAAUGAAUCAGAAAAAACUGAGGGUCAUUCUUGCUUUCGCCAGCUUUGGGUGUGGAUACAUGCUUCUGCCUUCAGCGAGGCAUUUAGUGCUCUACAAUGUGCUUGUGACAAGCAGGCAAGGGAAAGUGGUACAUUGGUUGAAUGUUUCUCACUCGAGGGUCAACUUGCAAAAUUGGAAGUAACUGGAGCAAAGGCAUUUGAGCUUCUUCAGAAGACUUUGCAUCCUGUUAGUUGUUUUUCUGAGAAUCCUUGGGCAUGGAAAAAGUGUUCACUUGUAAAAUCUGAAGAUGAUUCUCAAUCUAUGAGUUCCAUUUUGCCUCACAACGGGGAGGACAUUUCAUCUUGUGCUAUUUUGCCUAUCACUGUCAAGGAUCCUCGAACAAUGCCUAAUAAACAGCCUGCAGAUAUUACGAAGUUACUUGACUGUGUCCCAGAUGGUGAAGCUAAACAGGAUCUUGUCUUGCCAGGAAUCUCAGAAAGGAAUGAAGAACUUCUCUUUUCCUCCCAGUCGAAACCUGAAAAAGCGAUCACUUGGUCCAAUGACAAGAAUUUGUGGGAAGCAAGACGUGGAUUAAGCCCCCCAAUGGAAGAUAUUGCUCUGUGCAUGGAAAAACAUCACCAGCGUCUGAAUUUCCUUUCUCUUGAUAAUCCAGAUUCUGGGAUGUGGAAGACAUCAAAUGAGGUGCAGUUUUCAAGAUCUUGCCCUAUGCUCUUGCUGAAAAAUAAUGCCCACAUGCGCUCACUUACAAGGUGGUCUAUCAUCCUCCCAUUAAAUUGGGUUGGAGUCUUUUGGGUUACUUUUGUAACGCAUGGUGCUCAUGUCAUUGGUUUGAGAGAGAAACGUUGGGUUGCAUGUGAACUUGGAUUGCCUUAUUUUCCUUCAGAUUUUCCUGAUUGUGAUGCGUACUCAUCCUUUAUGGCAGCUGAAGCAACUGCCACUGACCAAAUGGCAGAACUGCGGCCUCCUGCUAAAAGAUCUUUUAGAGUUCCCAUUCCACCCCCUUGGAAUAGUGUCGGUGUUACUUUCAGCAAAGUAUCCAUUGCAGCACAAGAUACUAACCUUUCGCAUAUAAAGAAUGUGGUAGAUGGUAGUCUGUUGUCAGAGUUGGGUAGUGAAAAGAGCAAUUUAACAGCAUCUGGCUGUCAUGAUAGUUCCUCCAACAAAAUGGUAGCAAGGACAUCCACCAUGCUUGCUUCUUUCUUGAGUGAUAUCCAUUGUGAUCAUUUACUUUUAUUUCCUCAAGUUCCAGAAGGGAACACAAGUAUUCUGACGUGUAUGAAGGAUGAAAACAUGCUUAGCCGGGGACAGAAAAGGAUUUCGCAAAUUCAUUAUGAUCGUAAAUUAUGUUUUCUUAGAGUUCUUCUCCAUGCGUACAAGGAGGGAGUUUUUGAAGAUGGGGCAGUUGUAUGUGCGCCUUGCUUAGGAGAUAUAUCAUUGUGGACGUCCAGUUCCGGAAGUAAAGGAGGUGGACUCACCAUUCCUGCAUCUGCUGUAAGAUCAUACUUCAAAGAGCAAUCUUCUGGGGAAUGGGAACUUCAUAUUCCAGAGGACCCAGCUGUUAGGGAGUCUUAUCGUUGGCCAAUUGGUUUUAUUACAACUGGGUUUGUUUGUGGAAGCAAGAAGCCAACAGCAGAGGCGUUCUGCGAUGCAGUCUUGUUAGCUCAUCUAAGAGAGGAGCAGUGGAGUAGUAUGUCUGUGAAAAGGAGGAGAAGAGAGAUAUAUGUCCUUGUUAGGAACCUUAGAUCUUCGGCUUAUCGGCUUGCACUCGCUACCAUUAUCCUCGAACAGCAGGAAGGUGACUUCAAGUGCAUUUGAAGUGUAAAUACACUUAGAUUAGGUAUAGUUUGGAGGUUGAAUUUUUUAUGUAAAGAGAGAGGUUUUUUUGAGGGGUUGUUGUGAGUUUAAAAUUUUUUAUUUAGGGGAUUAAUACAGACCGUUAAAAGAAAUGAGAUAUAUCUUUCUCUUUUAAGCUGA